AUGAGGUGCUUUGAGAGGAUUAUGAAGAACUACAUCUGCUUCUCUUUGCCAUGCAUUCUGGACCCCCUUCAGUUCACUUACCGUCCCAAUCACCCCAUUGAUGAUGCAGUCUCUCACGUACUGCACACUGCCCUGUCCAGUCUCGACAUCAGCUGGGGGAACUAUGUUAGAAUGUUGUUCAUUGACUACAGUUCAGCUUUUAACACCAUAGUCUCCCCCUUACUGGUCAAUGAUACUGUGGUGGUGGGCCUGAUCACCAAUAAAAACAAGAGGGCCAACCUGGAGGAGGUGGAGGACCUGAUGAAAUGGUGCCAGGCCAACUGCCUCUCCCUUAAUGUCAGCAAAACAAAGGACCUGGUAGUGGGCUUCUGUAGGACACGACAGAGAAGCUACACCCCCUUCUCCAGCAAUGGUGCCCCAGUGGAGACAAAAUACCACACCUAUACACCCAUACGCCUAUCGUACUCCAACACAAUUGAGACUGCACAGAAAAUGCUGGCGAAGUGGUUUUGCUUCACCUUCUGGUGGGCGUGCCACCUUCAGUUUUCCCAAGUCAUCUCUGAGAAGCAAAAGCUUGGCACUCCAGAGGAGUGUAAGAAUGCAGGUUUUAUACCUGGAUACAACCUCGCUGGUGAAGGUUUUGACAUUGUAAAGAUGGAGAGAAAGGGCUCCUUUGUGAUUGACACACGAAAAUGGAACAAACAAGAUGGAAAUUGCAUUUUAAUAAUAAACAGGUUUAUGAACAAAGUGAAGCAGAAAUUGCCUGUUGCUGUAGUGGACUGGAGAGCACGGUCUCAAUGCUCCAUGAAGGUCGCCAGCAGACUCUAUGAAUCCAGCGAGUCACUUGUCAAUGAUUCCACUUCAUCAGUCUCAGAUAGCUGGAAGGCUGGUUUGGACAUACCAAACGUCGCUGGACAAUCAUAUGGAGGAACCCAUUCAAGAGAGGCAAGAUUUGCCAUGAAGAAAUCUAAGGAAGACAAGUACAGUUUCACCAAACAUGAAGUCACAUGUAGCUUUUACAGUUUCAGAGUUAUCAACAAGCCCCCCCUCCAUCAACAGUUUGUUCAGGCUGUUACAACCCUUCCAAAAUCUGACAAUGUUAAAGCCUAUCAGGAGCUGAUUGACACAUUUGGCACUCAUUACAUCUCCAAGGUUACACUGGGUGGAAUGAUGAAAGCCAUUACAUCAAUCAGAACCUGCAAGGCAACAAUGAGUGGACUAACAGACACUGCAGUGAAGGAUUGCCUGGAAGUUGAGGCCUCUGCAACCUAUAAGAGCGCAACUCUGUCCUCGGAGCUUCAGCACUGUGAAGCAUUGAAGAGGAAGAUGGGCCUUCGACGAGGUUUCAGCAGCGAGUUCAGGGAACGUCAAACAAAAGUCAUGGGAGGAAACAUCAAUGGAGAACAUCUGCUUUUUUCUGGCAAAUUGCACCCGAAUGCUCUUAAAACAUGGGUGGAGUCUUUGAAGACCAUACCAGACGUGAUCACCUACUCUCUCAAACCACUUCACUUCCUGUUAGAUAAAAAACAUCCUGCCAGGGACAGACUGAAAAGAGCAGUGGAGAAGUACAUCAAGGACUAUGCCUUAAAGAAUGUUUGUUCUGCAAAAUGUAGGAUUGGGAGGCAGUGCAAUCCCAGAGAUCGUUGUGCCUGUGUGUGUAACAGAAGUAGAAACAUACACUCAAACUGCUGUCCUGCUGGAAGAGGUCUUGCUACACUGAGAGUCUAUGGGCUCAGGGCUAAAGGUUUAUAUGGAGAUGUAACAACUCAAACAGAUGGCUCUGUGAAGGUGUCAUAUGGUUCUAUAAUUAAGCGUACUGAGGUGAUUAACAAUAAUGACAACCCCCGUUGGCCAGAGUCAUUUGAGUUUGGGCCCAUUCAAGUAUCCAUGGGUACAAACCUCAAAUUUGAAGUCUAUGAUGCAGACAGUUAUUGGAACAGUGAUUUUCUUGGGACAUGCUCUGUCAGUCUUAGAAGUGGGACAGUCAGUGAUAGCUGUUAUUUUAAAUAUGGUGCUUUCUUCUUUUCCUAUACUGUGCAAUGCGCUCCCAGUCUGCAAGGUCCACAAUGCAAUGAAUAUUCUCCCUCUCCUAUGGAAUCCUCACUGGCCAAGAUAUUCCACUCCAGAAAUGGCAUUCUGGCUAAAGACCUGUGGAAGCUUGAAUUAGGGCGUAAUUACACAGAUGAAUUGAGAAUGAAGAGCUUUAAGGAGAAAGAAUUCAGUCAUAUGUAA